AUGUCUUCUUCUAUUUUCAACUGUCAUUCUUCCCCUUUUACCGCCACCAUCCGCCUCAGCCGCCCCUCUCCCUGCUUCUUAGGCCUUCACUCUUCUCCAUCAUCCCAUGUUGAAUUUGGGACAUUCUUCUUAAUUAGUGCAUUUUUUUUAAUUCUUCCACAAUGGAUUUCUUUAAAAUGUCUGACAUGUGGAUUUAUCAUAUCUUCUUCUAUAUAUGUACAUACAGCUGCUAUGACUACUAAAGCUUCUGCUAAGGUGAUGGAUGGAAAUGCAGUGGCAACACAAAUCAGACAAGAUAUUAAAGCUGAAGUCCACAGGAUGAAAGAAGCCAUUGGUGUGAUUCCAGGGCUAGCUGCAAUCCUUGUUGGAGAUAGGGAGCGGUGUGCAACUUAUAUUGUGCAAAACAAGAAGAGUGCUUGUGAAACUGUUGGAAUCAAUUUUUUGGAAAUACAUUUGCCUGAGUAUUCCACAGAAAAUCAAGUUUUGAAAUAUAUUUCGAUACUGAAUGAUGACCCUUCAGUUCAUGGCACUAUUGUUCAGAUACCUUAUAAUCAGCAUAUGCAGGAGAAAAACUUUUUGAAGGCGGUUAGAAUUGAGAAGGAUGUAGUUGGUCUUCAUCCCUUCAAUAUUUUUAGUCUUCGCGUGGCGCCAAGUGUAGCAGAACCCAUGUUUGUUCCCUGUACAGCGCUGGGAUGCAUAGAGCUACUGCAUAUACAAUGUUCCUAUUUGUGGCAGAGGGCUGUUGUGAUCGGUGGGAAACGUAUCGUAGGAUUUCCAGCUGCUCACUUGCUGCAAAGGGAAGGUGCUAGUGUCAGUGUUGUGGAUUCCAAAACCAGCAACCUUAAAGAGAUUACAAGGCAGGCAGAUAUUGUCAUCAGUGCGGCUGCACAACCAAACUUGGUUAGGAGAAGCUGGAUAAAAGAUGGUGCUGUAAUUAUUGAUGUUGGAUUCAGCCCUGAAGAGGAUCCAAAUAGCCCUGGAGUUAUUAGAUGGGUUGGAGAUGUUUGUUAUGAAGAAGCCAUAGAAGUUGCCUCUGCUAUGACAUCGGUUCGCGGAGGUGUAGGCUCUAUGACAAUGGCAAUGCUUCUCCAAAAUACGCUCCUAUCUGCAAAGAGGAUGCACAACUUCGAAUAACAUUUUUGUCUAGGGAGUCUUGGAUUUUAUUUUCGUACUUUUUAAUAAUAUGGUUUUAUUUCAUGGCUAGAUAUGAGUAAUCCAUUUUUUUUUUAUUUUACUUUUGUCGAUGGCAGAUCAUAAAGUAGACCAUGUUGUUUUUUACUUUUUUUAAACAAGUAGUACCAUGUUACCUUUUUUUUAUAAGUCAAGACAUUGCAUUCAACAGCAGAAAGUGGUGUUAACCUGAUUACAAUGAGUAGUGAACCAGUCAA